AGCCUGGACAGAAGAAAUGGUUAAUUUCACCACCCCAUAAAGCCCACCCCUUCCUAUUCCUCCUCAGUCUUUUCUUCUGUCCCAGCCUGGAUGCAGUAGGAGAUUGUUCCCUCUGUACUUCAGGUGAAAUUUAUACUCACACUUAAGAUUACCGGGCACAGUUCUUAGGGAGAUUCUCUUUGCCCGAAGCCCCUAUCCUGUGUGGCAACUGCGUUGUCUGGAGGGGGAUUUCGGCGGGGCUGGAUGUUGUUGCCGCAUUUGCGGUUCAAGGUGCGCUCCAGUGUGCGCGAUGACGUCAUCACUCGGCGACGGCUGAAAAUUUAAAAGUUUGGCGCUAAGUCGCAGCGCUGCCUUGGAUGUUGGCGUUUAUUCUGCCUGUGCAAAAUGGAUCCAGCUGCCCCGAAGAGGACUGCUUCCAAGGUGAUAGUUGCCUCUGCUGAAGAGCCUACUAAAAAGAGAGAUAAGCAAGAUGCUGAGAAGAGAUGCCGAGCAUGUGUUAAUAUGGCUAUGAGAGAUAAGAAAUUUUGCCAGGACUGCUUUGAUGAUUAUCUGUCUAGGCAGAUUAACCCCUCUGUGGCCAGGGAUUCUCCUCAGGAUUUGCCUAUUCCUUCAACAUCUGCCACUUUGCCUGAUCAGCAGUCUCUGAUGUCAUGGAUUAAAACUGCAGUAUCUCAAUCUCUUAAAGAGACAGUUCUCUCUAACCCAGAUUUGUCUGUAUUUAAUAGAAAUCCUUCUAUUCAGGAGGAUUCUUCGGAUGACAGCUCUUCAUCUGAUGAGGAAUUGCCUAGUGAUGAAAUUUCAGUAUUCGAUCAGAAACAUCUUACUCCCCUCAUUAGGGCUAUUAGGCGCACCUUGAAUCUGGAGGAUGCAAGUCAGCCUUCUACCUCCCUUCUAUUUUCCAAAAAAGCGAAGAUGGCUUUUCCUAUUCAUAAGGAAGUGCAGGAUUUAAUCCGUUUGGAAUGGGAGAAGAUUUCCAGGAGAAUUCCAGCGGAAAGAAGGAUUGAGAAAUUAUAUCCUUUCUCUGAUGAUAUUCAAGAUACUUUGAAUAAACCUCCUUCGGUGGAUGCUCCAGUGGCAAGAUUGUCGAGGAAGACGGCGUUGCCGAUAGAUGAUAUAUCUGCUUUAAAAAAUCCCAUGGAUCGCCGCAUGGAAACUGAGCUGAAAAAAUGCUACAUUUCAGCAGGAGCAGCCUGUAAGCCUUCUAUUGCAUUGGUGUCAGUUACCAAGGCACUUUCCCUUUGGGCAGAAAACUUAGAGCAGGCCGUUAAAGAUCGAAUGCCCAGAGAGAAGAUUCUGGAAGGUCUUGAAGAUUUCAGGUUGGCCUCUAAUUUUUGCCUGCAAGCAUCCUUGGAUUUAGUGCAAUUGUCUGCUCGCUCAAUGUCCUUUGCUGUAGCAGCCCGUAGAGCCCUUUGGGUAAGAUCUUGGUUUGCGGAUACCGCUUCCAAAAAUUCGCUUUGCAAGAUGCCUUUUGAGGGCAAGAAAUUAUUUGUCAAGGCCUUGGAUGACAUUAUAUCAAAAUCUUCUGGGGGCAAGAGUACUUUUUUGCCGCAAAGUAGAAGAUUUCCUGAUAGCUUCAGGAGGCGGCCAGAAAGUUCCUUUCGAAGAAGAGAUGAUACUAGAGGAUUCAGAUUCGGAAGAGAUUUUAGAACCUCGAAUUGGCGUGCAGGCCAAACAUCUUUUAGGGCCAGAGCUAGACCUCCAAGGUCCCCCAAGUCCUCUUCAAAGGCUCAAUGACGGUCUCUCUACCCAUCCUCCUGUAGGGGCAAGACUUUUGGCCUUUCAAGGAGUAUGGGCCAAGGAGUUUACAGACACAUGGGUAGUCACUACAAUUCAAAGAGGCUACCAAUUAGAAUUUUCUUUAAAGCCUACGUUAGACCAUUUCGUGGUUUCAAACAUACCAAUAGAUCCAGAAAGAAGAGAAGUCCUUUUUCAUUAUGUUCAGCAGCUGCUGAUGAAACAAGCAGUUACGGAAGUUCCUUUCCAAGAAGAAGGAACAGGAUUUUAUUCUCCUCUUUUUCUAGUUGUCAAGGCAACAGGGGACUUUCGUCCAAUUUUGGAUCUCCGAAGAAUAAACAAAUUUCUAAAGUAUCAACCCUUCAAAAUGGAGACAUUGGCGACCAUAAAGAGGGUUAUUCAUCCAGGGGAUUGGCUGGCAUCCUUGGAUCUGAAGGAUGCCUACCUUCACGUGCCCAUUGCUUUGGAGCAUCAGAAAUUUCUGCGGUUUUGUCUUCAGGGUCGGCACUACCAAUUCCGCUGUCUCCCGUUUGGUCUAGCAACCUCGCCCAGGACCUUUACCAAGAUUCUUGUGGUAAUAAUAGCCAAGUUGAGACGGGAGAAAAUCGAAGUCUACCAUUAUCUGGACGACUUGCUGCUCGUAGCCAGAGAUCCAGAGAGCUUAUCUGCCAACCUUCAAACGACCAGGGACACUCUGGAGAAGUUUGGGUGGAUCAUAAAUACGGCCAAGAGUCAGCUUAUACCAGUUCAGAGGAUGAUCUACCUGGGCGCUCAGUUGGAUACAGUCCUGGGCAUGGUAUCUCUUCCGUUGCGGAAGAUCCGUCAUAUUGUACUUCAGGUCGAUCAGUUGCGGGGGAGGUCCUACACCUCAGCGAGGACAUUCAUGAGUCUUUUAGGUCUCCUCACUUCAACGAUAGGUCUGGUGAGAUGGGCCAAAUGGAGGAUGAGACCGGUUCAACUUUCGUUUCUCAGGCAGUGGAAUCCAGUUGUCCAGGAUUGGUCUCGGUUAAUCCAGAUCACCAGAGAAUGCCGACAAUGUCUUGUUUGGUGGACGGUUCCGAGCAACCUUCGGAGAGGAUUCCCUCUCAAAGAACCAGUUUGGAUGGAGAUAUUUACGGACGCUUCUGGUGUAGGUUGGGGAGCUCACCUACUAGAUCACUAUG